AUGGCCAUAAAUGGUUUUUUUGGUGUGGAAAUAAUCACCAGCAUACUCUACACUGAUAGACCGUGGGAGAAUCAGUUAAACCUUUUCUGGUACACGUUGACGGACAGCUUCGAAGUCCGGGGUGACCCGUCCUGCGGAACCCACAUACAUUUCUCACCUGUAGGGGGGUUCACUUUAGCCCAACUAAAAAAGCUCACUGCAUUCGUCACGAUAUUUCAGCCCGCUAUCACGGCGUUGAUACCAUCCGGCAGGCGUGGCACGGAUUGGUGCCACGCGAAUGCUGAAGUUGCCGAAGGCCUCAGGGCCAAAUAUAUGGCUGGGCGGCCAGUUCUCCUGGCCUGGAUCGAAGGAUUUUCCGACAAAUCCGAAUUGUGGGAGAACAUUUCUCCCAACAAGACUGUGGCUUGGAACUUCCGAAACGCGCGCGAAGGUGGAUGUGGCACAGUGGAAUUCCGGCAGCCACCCGGUGUCGUAAGCAACGCGGCUACUAAAAGAUGGGUGGCCAUUGCGCUAGCCCUAUUCGCCGCGGGGAUCGAACCGUGGCUGGCGUACCCCGUUGCUGCUCCGACAGUGGAGGACUUGAAGAUUGUUCUGGAGCAUAGCGCCUCCCGGAUAGGGGUAUCACACCUGCUAUCAUUCGACGGGGAGAGCGAACAGACGAUCCCGAUUAAUACGUUGAGUGCAGAGGAGAGAGAGUACAUCACUCUCCUAAAGGCUCAGAAGCCAAGUAUUUUCGCUGAAAAUCUGGAGCGGCGUGGAGGACGCGGGUCCUCCCCAUGA